UGCAGGAGUGAUGCGUGUUUUUCAAUUUUCCCUCGACUCCUACACUCGAGAAUGUCAAGUUUACAUGUGAAAAGUGUUACAUUUUCCUCAAUCGUAGAUUUCUUCUAUGAUUUAAAAUAAAAAAAAUUGAAGAAACCUUUAAAAAUCAAGCUGUGCUCGGGAAGUGCCUUUUCGUUCGAUUCCGAAAAAUCUAAUCAGUGCUUUUCGAUGAAAAUUCGAUAAGAGUGAAAGAGAAAACGAAUUUCGAAGGACGUUCAUGGAACUUGGAGACUUUCUCCUCGAGAGAUUGUGCUGCUGUGAUACAAUAUAGUUUGGAUUAAAGCCAGUCAUCGUGUGGGACUAUUUGCCAGCGUGAAAAGACGCUUUCAGAGACUCUGAUUUGCCGGUAAUGCUGAGAUAGACAAGUGGGAAUGCCAUCGCCCAAGAUGCUGACGGUGAUGUGCCCGAACUGCCAACACCGGUUUCCGGCUCCUGGAUGCUGCAACCCGGCAACCCUGCAAGACGAAGAAGAAGAUGAGAGCAACAGACUGAUGGCGUCCGAGUCAACAGCAGACUACAAGGACUUUUACGGUGGCGGCGGCGGCGGCGGAGGACUCGGGUUCUCGCGAGGAUUCGGCCAUGGUAACUCCUGCUUCAUCAAUGCGCCCACCAUCAUCAACGGUCCGAUUUUCCAAACGGGUGAUCCGAAUCCAAGCAUCAAAUCGUACCUCGACCUCGCCCGAAAUCCUCCGUGUCUUCUCUCAUCUCCCCUGCACGGGGAAACAUCAUCCGCGACCAGUCACGUGAAACUCUCGCGAACCGGGUACCACAUGAUUACAAAUGGCGAUCACACAGGGGGCGGCGUCACCAUCACAACUCCGCGAAUUCAGUCGGGCGGUUGUCUCGUCGAGUGUAUCGACUCGGGAGUGUUAUUCCAGUCGCCGACCGAAAUGAGGCCUCAACUCGCCACCGAGGGUUUUCUGUCCAAUCAUCAGCUUACCACCGAGAUUCACGAUUUCGCGCCGCCAAUCCUCGACGAGGAGCUUCUUCGUGAUCUGCCGAGUCCGAACCUAGUCGAAAACGAGUGCUGCUGUUUCACCUGCAAAGACCAGGUGGUGCAGACAACACCGAGCGGCUGUCAGGAGCUGCCGGGCAUGAGGAGUAGCUUCUCCUGUCCGCGCAAUCAGAGGAGAUUCUCAUCCUCGAGUUCAAGUCAAUUUUGUCAGCGAGCAGCAGCCGCAGUAGCAGCAGGCGCUUCGGUGGACCGACAGCAGGUCUGUCAGGUCUGCUGUUGUCAGAACAAUCGUCACACCUCGCAAGUGAUGAUGGUCCAAGGAUCCAAUCCUGAUCUCCAGCUCUCGGUGAACGCGACUCUUCAAUUGCCCGCGAAUUUGGGCCAGUGUACAAUUAAUUUCACCGCCUCGACCAACACGUUGAAGAAUUCGACUGCCAAUUCGGAUAAUUCGUCCAAGACGACAAAUAGCAGCGCCAGGAGUUGGAACAAUUUCAACGGUGGGGGGAUUAUACAGCCGGACAAUAAUUACGGGAUGAAUGGAUCGUCGAAUUUGGAUAAUAGAGAUAAUAAUACAUCGCCGAGCACUCCCGUCUCGUGGCUGAUGCCAAGUCCCUGGAGUUUUGACACAAUUUUAAUGGACAAGGAGACGCCGCGACUCUGCGAGGUGAAGAAAAUGUUGAUGACAACUGGCUGGUAUUAUCCGGAGCUCAGCUGGAAGCAGAGCCAGGAACUUGUGAAGGGCGCGUCGGUUGGAUCCUGGCUGAUUCGCGACAGCUCGGACAAACGAUUUACUUUUACGGUGACUGUUCAGAUUCCGAAGGGUGCCACUUCGGUCAGAGUUCAUCAUUAUCGGGGGCAAUUUCGAUUUGACGCGGUUGCCCGAUUUGCGACAAUUAUGCCGCUCUUUGACUGUCCGAUCAAGAUGAUUGAGUACUAUGUGAUGUACUCGAAAAUGAAGAAGGAGAAGCGAGAGGUGUGGCUGGACUGCAACAGUGGCACGAGACGACAGAUUUAUUUGACGACACCUCUCGUGAAGGAAGUGAGAUCGUUGUCGCAUUUGGCGAGGCUCGCUGUCAAUGCGUACCAACUGCCCACCUAUCAAUUGCCGCCUCUCAUUCGCAAAUACCUCGCCGAGUAUCCGUACAGUAUCUAGGUUCUUUUGACGACAUUCUUCUUCCGCUUUUCGUGGGAUUUUACCAACACUUUGUGCGGCGCUUUCGAUUUAGAGUUUUCUCGAGGGAAAAUUCGAUAUCUCCAGGUUUCUGAGAGACGAACCUUUUCUUUUGCGAUUAUUGGAAUGCUUUUUUUUUGAGGAUCUUUCGAGAUUAUUUCAAGUUCCUUGGAAUCGUUGGCGUUCCUUUGAAUUAUCUGAAUUUGUGGAAUUUUCUGGAUUCCAAGGCAAUUUUUAAUGGUGCAAAGAGUCCGGAGAAAUUUGAAAAGAAUGCUAGGAGUUGAGAUUUCGGGGAAUUUAAGGAGUUCGGAGAAUGAAGGAAUUCAUAAACAUGAAGAAAUUCCGAGAAUUAGGGAAUUAAGAAAACUUCAAGGAGGUAAGAGAGUUGCGAGAAACCAGGAAAUUCUAGAAAAUCAGAGAUUUCUGAGAAUUUAGAAGAAUUGAAGGAAUUCAGAGAAUGAAUUGAAUAAUUCGGAGAAUCCAGAGAAUUAAAAGAGUUUGAGGAAUUUUUUUGAAUUCUUCUAAAUUCCUUGAUUUCUUUUAAAUUUCUGGAAUUCAUCUGAAUUCCUUGAUUUCCUAGAAUAUCAACAAAUUCCAAAUCAUUCAAAGAAUUGAAGAUAAAUUGAGAUUGAAAUUAAAAUAAUUAAGAAAUUUUUUAGGAAAUCAGAGAAUUUGAAGAAUUUGAGGAAUUUCUUUGAACUCUUCUAAACUCCUUGAUUUGUUUUAAAUUUCAUGAUUUUGUAGAAUUCUAAAAAAUUCAAAUUCCUUGAACUAGUCCGAAUUCCUUGAUUUCGUAAAAUUCCAAAAACUUUAAAAGAAUUCAGAAGAAUUCGGAGAAUUAACACAUUUCAGGAAAAUCAUAGAAUUUCAAGUAUUUGAAAAAUUCAGUGGAUUUUAGGAAUUCAAAGAAUUCAAAAAAUGCAGAGAAUCCAUUGAAUUCCAGAAAAUCAGAGAUUGCACGGAAUUCAGAAGGAUUGGAGAAAUUCCUCCGAAUAUAAUAAUAGAAUAUAAUAAUUCAGAAAAAUGAAAUGGAUUUAUAGAAUUAAUUGAAUAAUGUAGGAAAUCCAAAGUAUUUAACAAAUUUGAGGAUUUCAAACAAUUCAGAGAAUUCAAAGAAUUUCGAGAAUGAUGGAAUUAAGAUCAUUAGUGAACUUCAGAAAAUUCUGUGAAUUUGAGGAAUUUUUCUGAAUUCUCUGGAUUCUUCUGAACUUCUAGAAUUCUUCUAAAUUCCUGGAUUUCUUUUAAAUUCUUAGAAUUUGCCUGAAUUCUUUGAAUUUUUUUUUUUAUCCUUGAACUCUUCCCUCAAUUAUAUAUUAAUUCCUUCAUUUCACAAAAUUCCAAAAGCUUCAAAAUAA